GUUUUAUUUCUUGUUUUUUUUAUAAAAUAUUUGCGCGAGUAUUAUUUUGCAUUAAUAAUAUUUUAUAUUUUAUGAAGCUAAUAAACGUUAAAUUAUUAAAAUGUUGUUACAAAGGAUAAAUAGUUUGUUGCAAAUUUCUGUUCAUGGUCAAAUAAUAAGUAAGCGAUAUCUUAAUUUCGUACCAGUUGUGGUAGAACAAAGUGGACGAGGUGAACGUGCAUAUGACAUCUAUUCACGUCUUUUAAAAGAACGGAUUAUUUGUCUUAUGGGCCCGAUCACAGAUAAUGUGUCCUCUGUAGUAAUUGCUCAACUACUAUUUCUUCAAUCAGAAAGUAGUAAAAAUCCAAUUCAUAUGUACAUUAAUUCGCCCGGUGGCAGUGUAACAGCAGGGCUUGGUAUAUAUGACACUAUGCAAUAUGUUCUUCCUCCAGUCGCAACAUGGUGUGUAGGGCAAGCAUGUUCAAUGGCAAGUUUAUUAUUAGCUGCUGGGGCAAAAGGUAUGCGUCACUCAUUGCCCAAUGCAAGAAUUAUGACACACCAACCAUCAGGAGGAGUAUCUGGUCAAGCUACAGAUAUACAAAUACAAGCUGUAGAAAUAUUAAAACUCAAGAAACAAAUUAACAAUUUAUACGUUAAACAUACAGGCUUGGAGUUAGAAAAAAUAGAACGUUCUAUGGAAAGGGAUAAUUUUAUGAGCCCAGCACAAGCAAAGGAAUUUGGAAUAAUAGACAAAGUACUAACACAUCCUAUGCAAGAAGAAGAAGAAGAAGUUAGCGUUAAAUUGACCGAUAGUACUCUUGACGUCACUUCGCCACCUUGAUAUUAGGAUUAGGAGACAGGCUUAAUUUAAAAUUAUGAAAAUUUAUUAAAACAUGUAUUUAUCAAUACUUAAAAAUAGUAAUAAAAUAUUUUCAAAACAAUUACAAUCUAUAUCGUAUAUGUAACUGCACAGA